CACAGUUCAUCCCAUCCACUCGGCCGUCUUCAUCCACACGCAGAGUCUUAUUGUUCACCUUCCUCUGCGAGCGCUCCGUUUCCAGAAUCCUUAAACCCUUACGCCUAACUUCGCCGCCUCCAUCAAUCUUCCAUUAAACCACCUUCAAACCUUCCGCCAUGUCCCGCUCUAUCCUCCGAGCUCUCCCUUUCUCCACCCUUCGCCACAAGCCUCCUCAAUUUCUCUCCAUCUUCCACCGUAUUUCUCAUCUCCGCCUCGCGAAAUCCAUUUCCAGAACUCUGAGACCUAUUUCCUCACUCUCCGUUUCCGCCACUCAUCCGCCUUCCUCCGCCACCGAAACGCUCGUUUCCAGUUCGAAUUCUCCGUCGCCUCUUAAGGAUUCUCUUCAGUGGAUCAAUCGUACUGCGUUCUGUGGUGAGUUGUCGGCUGGAGAUGUUGGGAAGCGGGUUCGGCUUUGUGGUUGGGUUGCACUACAUAGGGUUCAUGGUGGUUUGACUUUUCUCAAUCUUAGAGACCACAGUGGUAUCGUACAGGUGACUACGCUACCUAACGAGUUUCCUGAUGCUCAUUCGGUUAUUAACGACUUGCGGCUCGAGUACGUUGUUGCUAUAGAAGGCAUUGUACGGUCUCGACCUGACGAUUCGAUUAAUGUGAAAAUGAAAACUGGCUUGAUAGAGGUUGCUGCAGAGCAUGUUCAAAUCUUAAAUUCUGUUGGAUCAAAGUUACCUUUUUUAGUUACAAUUGCUGAUGAUGCAAAGGAUUCUGCUAAAGAGGAAAUUCGAUUGAGGUACCGAUAUCUUGAUCUUCGGAGGAAGCAAAUGAAUUCGAACAUAAUGCUUCGGCAUAAAGUGGUGAAACUCAUUCGAAGAUAUUUGGAGGAUGCACAUGACUUUGUGGAGAUUGAGACGCCAAUACUUUCUAGAUCUACUCCAGAAGGUGCUCGAGAUUAUUUGGUGCCGUCUAGAGUUCAGCCAGGAACAUUUUAUGCUUUGCCUCAAAGUCCACAGCUGUUUAAGCAAAUGUUGAUGGUGUCUGGUUUUGAUAAAUAUUAUCAAGUAGCAAGGUGUUUCCGAGAUGAAGACCUAAGAGCGGACAGACAACCUGAGUUUACACAACUUGAUAUGGAGUUAGCAUUUACAACUUUUGAAGACAUGCUGAAACUCAAUGAAGAUUUGAUUAGAAGGGUUUUUUGGGAAGUCAAAGGUGUUCAGCUGCCAAAUCCUUUCCCGAGGCUUACCUAUGCUGAAGCAAUGAGUCGAUAUGGGUCAGAUAAGCCUGAUACAAGAUUUGAUCUUCAAUUGAAAGAUGUAUCUGAUAUUUUUGCAGAUUCUCCAUUCAAGGUUUUUGCAGACGCCUUGUCUAGUGGCGGAAUCAUCAAAGUGCUGUGUGUGCCCUCUGGUGCUAAAAGGUAUUCAAACACAGCUCUGAAAAAGGGUGACAUUUAUUCGGAGGCAAUCAAAUCUGGAGCGAAAGGAUUACCUUUUCUGAAAGUUCUUGAUGAUGAUGCCAUUGAAGGGAUUCCUGCUCUAGUAUCAAGUUUGGAUCCUGCAGGUAGAGAGGAAUUUCUGAAAAGAUGCUCUGCUGGACCCGGUGAUCUAGUCUUGUUCGCCGUGGGUCCUCUGAAAUCGGUUAAUAAGACUCUUGAUAGGCUUAGACUAUAUGUAGCUCAUGAGCUGGGUUUAGUUGACCACUCUAGACAUUCAAUUUUGUGGGUGACCGAUUUCCCAAUGUUUGAAUGGAAUGAUCUAGAGCAACGACUUGAGGCUUUGCACCACCCUUUUACCGCUCCAAACCCAGACGACAUUGAUGAUCUACCAUCUGCUCGUGCUUUAGCAUAUGAUAUGGUUUACAAUGGAGUAGAGAUUGGUGGAGGGAGUUUGAGAAUUCAUAAACGUGAAGUUCAAGAGAAGGUUUUGGAGAUUGUGGGAAUAUCACCUGAACAGGCUGAAGCGAAGUUUGGUUAUCUAUUGGAGGCAUUAGACAUGGGUGCCCCGCCUCACGGGGGCAUUGCUUAUGGAUUGGACAGAUUAGUGAUGUUAUUAGCAGAUGCAAAUUCCAUUAGGGAUGUCAUAGCUUUCCCAAAGACAACAACAGCGCAAUGUGCCCUCACAAAAGCUCCUUCAGAAGUGGAUCCCCAACAACUCAAGGAUUUAUCCUACCAGAACCAAUAGCUAGCUCACAUUCAAGUCCUCGGUCCCGUUUGGUUUGGUGUAAGUCAUAAUUUAUACUCACCUCACUCGGGUCGUAAUUUUUCAACCCGAGAAAACGAAGAAUGGUUUCAUUGCAUAGUUUGAAUCCUUAUUAAGACGUGACGAACAAUAAGUGUAAAACUUUCAUAAUUUAACUAAAAUUUUAAAAUCCCUUCGACAGAUCGGGUUCUUCGAUCAGAUUUGUUGGGAUAUUGCUCGAGAGGUUGACCUAAUUAUAUUUUGUAACUGACGGUGAUGAGUGUUUUAGUUUUAUGUCAUGUACAGUUCAGGUACAUACUGUGGACAGGCUGCUGUGUUUGGUUGUUUCUUAAUGGCUAUUAAUUUGUUUGAACA